GUAUCCCGGAAAUAGCUAAGACAUUGGAGGCGGGGCAGUUCGCAUUGCUUCGUCUGUUUCCUUGCACUGCACUGGAGAGAUUGUGCAGUUUAGGCGAGCAAAAAAUGUACCAAAGGCCGUUUUCAACAUAGCGUAGCUAGCCACUGUAAAAAUUUAGUUGCUAGCGUCCCUAGCUGGCUAACUAAAUACAGAGACGUCGCCAAGAUUAAGUUACCAAAGACGAGAAUACUAUUUUGUUGUCCAUAGUUCACCCCCUCGCGCGCACACACACAUCAACACGGCAUUGAUGGUAAUGCAUGCAAGGAAACAACCGAGACUCAGCGAUGGGUGCAACGACCGAAGGGAUUCCCAACCCUAUCAGACUCACAAAUCCCAGCCAAAGAGUCAAUCUACCACCCUUCACGGUCACGAUAAAAUGCGAGAUGGGUUAUCAGAUCCUACACCGCCCUACAAAAUGCUCCGGCGCUCUGAUGAAAGUCCGGUCAAUAAGUACAGCGACGGGCACAGCAAAACAAAAACAUUUCACACACUCCGAGGCAAAGAUGGUGGUACCAGCUGCUCUCCGCAAGAGAAUGUGCACAACCACAGCUCCCACUCAAAUCAAAGCAAGGCGUCAGACACACCUCAUGAGCCUGCAGACGACUGGUCCGAGCACAUCAGCUCCUCCGGCAAGAAGUACUACUACAACUGCAGGACUGAGGUCUCUCAAUGGGAGAAGCCCAAAGACUGGCUGGAGAGAGAGCAGAGGCAGAAAGACCCAUCUAAGAGGGAGUCCAACACUUUCCCCAAAGACCGGGACUACAGACGAGAGUCUGUCGACACAGCCACCACAAAGAGCACUUCAGGGGACAAGUCCUCCAAAUCUGCACCUUCUCAGUCCUCUUCCUCCACCAAUCCGGGCCUGAACCAAGCAUCUGGCUCUAACCCCACCCCUUCAUCUUCCUCCUCCACGGUCCCGGUGUCCCCCUCUGUCCAAACCCAGGCCUCGGGCCUGCUCCAAGACCCCGCCCUCCUGCGGCAGCUCCUCCCAGCGCUGCAAGCCACUCUGCAGAUGAACAACGGCAGCAUGGACAUGGCCAAGAUCAAUGAGGUCCUCGCGGCUGCUGUCACCCAAGCUUCCUUGCAGUCUAUGCUUCAUAAACUCCUCACUGCUGGACCGUCUGCUUUCAACAUCACUUCUCUGCUUUCCCAAGCUGCUCAACAAUCCUCCAACCAAGCGGCCCAGCAGGCGAGUCAGUCACCCAUAUCGCUAAUGUCGGACACCUCCUCACCCCGCUCAUAUGUGUCACCCAGGAACGGCACGCCCCAGACCAACCUCCAUAACCAGAAACCCCCACUCAGCAUGCCUCCUGCCUCCUCCCAACCAAAGGUUACCCCAGUGAAACCAGGACCAGUUUCCCAACAGGCUUCAGCAGAGAAACAUCCAGAGGACCCCCGAACUCUCCGACAGCGGAGCAGUCAGGGGAGUCCGCCAUCAGGACCUAACGGCAACGCCACCGGCGGCCAUUCGGUUCUCAACGUCGCCUCAGCCCAGUCCAGCACUCCCGGCUCCUUCACUCCCUCGCUGGCCUCUCACUUUGAUGAGAACCUCAUCAGGCACGUCCAGAACUGGCCCGCCGAGCACAUCGAGAAGCAGGCAGCACGGUUACGGGAAGAUGCCCACAACAUGGGCAGUCUCUACAUGUCUGAGAUCUGCACUGAACUCAAGAACCUCAGAUCAUUAGUCAGAGUGUGUGAGAUCCAGGCCACGCUGAGGGAACAGAGAAUACUGUUCCUUAGACAGCAGAGCAAAGAACUGGACAAGCUGAAGAACCAGAACUCUUACAUGGUCUGAGAACCUGUGUGGGAGACGAAGGACGGUGAACUGCUUAAGACUGCAGUCAAAGCCCUCAACGAGGUCCUCUGUGCCCUGGUCUGAACACUUCUGAAACGUCAUGAACCAAAGGGCAAAUGAGGAAUACGGAAAAGAGUCUGGGCCUGUUGAAGACAUCAUGGGCCAAGCAUACCAUCAUGGGCCAAGCGUACCAUUGCCGAAGCCCCUGAAAGUGUAGAUUUUAUUAGGCGUCCAAGAUUUAAAUUUUCUAUGAAAUUGCAGGCUGAAAGAAUACGAAGCCUAGUUGAGCAUUUCAUGGACACCCAAACCGGUCGAUUCUGAGGAACCUACAGGUCAUAACUUUUUCUUACCUGAGAAACAGCUGCCGCCUUUUGGAAUCGUGGACUGUUUGUUGCACUGGAGAAACUGAGAAUAUCUGGCUUUUCCUCUGGAAUAGCCAGUUUCGGUUGGGAAUGCAUACAUUAUGCAUAAUGCAUUAACUGAAGUUUCUAGCGUGAACUCAGAUUGGCUUGAGAUGUAUGAAUCAACUGAUUCAUGAACACGUCUAAAGCAUAGACUUGAAGGAGUGCAAAGAAGAUUCUUGAAUGAGCCAACUUUGAUUCCUUCCAGACUCAUAUAGUUAGGAAUCAUGAAUUUAGCAGUCCCAGGAUCAUGGGUUCAUUAUUAGCGGAGUACUUUUUUUUAAUGUGAUCUGACAAAGAUGCAUAGCUGCUUGAUGGAAGUUUGUCUGUCCAUGCUCUCUCCCCACUUUCCUGCUGGAUGGAAAUAGUCUGUAGACUUCCUAACUUCCCACCCCAACAUGACUAUGACCCCCCUCUAACGUUGGGCCAGGUGACUCAGAACAUGCUGCCCCAUGGAGUAACCUUCUGGUAACCUCCCAGUCCAUAUCACUAAACCCUCAACAGAAUCCUACAAUAAAGGGCAACGUUCUCAUCCUCCACACCCUCUGAAUAUCCUCCUACGCGCACCUCCAUCUAUACCCCCAUUUGAUCUGUACUUGAUUAUUUUCCCAGUUUCUCCCGAACUUUGAUGCUUGUAAGCUUGUCUGUUUUGUCUAGCUUGAGUCUGCAGAAUAAUUCAUUCCUUAUCAUGUGCAGUUUCUUGCAAAAUUGUGAAAGGGUCUUUAGUUUUAUGUGGUUAUGUAAACCUAAAUUAUUGCACAUUAUUCAUUUUGUCCUUGUGAACAAGAUGGGAUAAUUUUUUCAUGGGACUCACCUUUGUCUUGACUAUACUAGCUAAGCCAGUACAGCAGUAGUUAAAUGGAUUCCGUAGUUAACGUUUGCAACAUUUAGUUUUACCGAAGUUAAACUUUUUUUAGGCCUCACUAAAUAAAGUAACUAUUUUACAAUGAAACGUUCACAUGACAAUGCUGUCUCACUCUUCCACAAACUUAGCUUCGCCUUCCUUCUCCUAAGACCCCUCUGAUCGAUCAGUGGCGUGCUGAAAUUUGGGAAGGCACCGGCCAAAGUGUUGGUCUGUAGAACAGGAGUGACGUACACACUUAUCAGAUAGCGGGGGACCAGAGGUUUUUGUGAGGAUGGGGCGAAAAUAGCUUUGUAUAUUAUUUCUUUAAAAGUAUAUCAGAAUAAAAUAAAUUAUUCUACCACAAA